AUGGCACGGAAAAGCGCGAGCAUAAGUUCGUCCACGAGGUUGCAGCUGCUCGUUCGGUUGCUGCUGGCGGGGCUCGUUCUGCUGGUCAUCGUGGGCCAAACGGUGGUCGAAGGUGGAAGCGUUGGUAGUUGGGACGACGGUUCGGACGAGCUGUUCGAGGAGGAAAGUUUGGAGCAAGAUGUCAGCAGUGCGAGCGAAAAAGUGACCAUCGCCGACGAACAGCAGGAAACGACCACCGUGGAACCGGUGUCCGCUGGCCCGGAAGGGACGACGCUUGGGUACAACGCCGUGGCCACCACGCCCAAGAUAGUGAAGACGGUGAAGAAGCUUAGCCGCUACGAGCAAGGGCUGGAGGACUACGACGAGGCGGCGGACCGGGCGGAACGGGAGCAGAAGGAGCAGGCGGCCGACCAGCAGUACAACAAUAUGCUGAAACCGAUGCUGACAUUAUUCAACGUGAUAAGCACCGUUUUAUCGUCCGGAAGAUCAAUGCGCUCGACCGUGGCCACCGCCGACGGUGGCAAUAAAAACGAGAACAUCACUUUGGCCGCCGGAAAAUCAACAAGCGGCGGAGAUAAUGAAAAUGCGCUGGCCACCGUUGAGGGCCGCUACAUCAAGGGAGAUCCGCUCAACGGUUACUACGAUUUCGUGAUCAGCGAGGGAUCGUACAAGUUUUGGGCCGUAUUUCAGCUUGUGACGGCCGCGGUCGUUAUUUACUCGACGCUGACCGCCAUCUACUACUCGAAAGUGGCUCCACUAACGUCCGAUUACGACUACAUCGACUACCUGAACGGUGGUCGCUCGUUCGCUGGCGCACGGCCAGCGGAUGCAACGUCACGAACGGGGGCCAGUGGUGGCGGGCGGGCGGCUGGAUGGAGCUGGGACAGUUUGUCCACCGGCACGUGGUUUGGACCGGCGGCCCAAGCGUUCACGAUUGUGAUGGAUGCCAUCGAACGGCAGCCCAAAUGA